AUGGCUUCUGGAGAUGCCUGUUGUUCUCAUAUAUGGCAGGUCUCUAUUCCCGUGGUUAGGGAAGCAAUUCGUGACAUAGCCGGCGACCUCGGCGCACAAUGCUCUUCUAUUGACCUUGACGCUAUACGGAAUGGGCAAGAGUAUAAAAACGUACGACUUACAAGCAAACGAUUAUCGCCUUGCUCACUCUGCCGAUUCUUUACUACCAUUUUGUUUAGCGACAAUGCCACACCUGUCAACCAACAAAGUGAAGUCGAGUUCGAACUUUUGGCCAAGAACCCAGCGAGCACUUAUCUUAACAUACCUUCGUAUUCCCUUGAAACAAAGGCCUUUGACAGAAGCCAGGUGCUUCGUUUGAGCACUUUGGACUACGAUUCGUUUCAGUUUGCAGUAUCUUCUCUCCCAAACAACUCUCAAGACACCGAGGCGGUGAAAUUCACUAUUCUUCGUCUAGAGUCAGACAGGAUUGACUUCCGAAAGCUGAAGAACUGGUUGGCAUUCUGCAAGUCCCACCACCACAAAACUUGUCAGACCUUGCCAGGAUAUCCACAUGAACUUUCAUGCUUGAGAGUAAUCGAGUGCCAGACUGGUGCAAUCAUAAAAGCCCCUGAGGGAAGUGAGUUUGCCGCUCUUAGCUAUGUAUGGGGACAUCCACAAGACAAUGAGUCAAGCAUGGCCCGAAAGGAUGGCUUUCUGCCACCUCAAGUGCUCAAGACCAUUGGCGAUGCUAUUCAGGCGACUAUCCGACUUAACCUUCAAUAUCUCUGGGUGGACCAAUACUGCAUCAAUCAGAAGGAUGAAGCUGAGCUAGCGGAACAAGUGGGCAUUAUGGACAUGGUCUAUAACCUUGCCACCGUUACGUUAAUUGCGGCAUCCGGUAAGGAUGCUCAUUUCGGUCUACCCGGAGUCGGCUCUACGCCGCGAGCCCCGCAGCCUCUGAUAAAGUUACAUGGACGCGCGUGGGUAUCCUCUGAUCCGGAGAGCCUACUGGUGACCAAGAUCAAGAGAUCUAGAUGGUGGACCAGGGCUUGGACGUACCAGGAAGGGCUCUUCUCCAGGCGUCGCAUCUUCUUCACUGAAACCGAGGUCUACUUUGAGUGCAACGAUAUGUGUACGCAGGAGAGUGUACCCUUUGAUCUCCAUGAUUUCAGAAACGAGGCCCAUAUGGAAUUCACUGGUAUAUACCGUGGUGGCUUUACCUCCCGCUUCGAUGGAAGCCUAGAUAAACAUCUCUUAGCCAUCUCGCAACGAUAA